UCUAUAAACUCUUAUUUUGAAGGUUGCCCUGUAAGCUACAGAGGACCCGGAUGUGGUUUCAUAGCAACAUGGCGCCGGGUCGUAGCGUCAGCCGCGUGUCUUCGUCGUGUUGAUCAAGUAUCAGUUGCCUCCAUCAGUCCGGAUCCACACGAGUCUCUGCACGUCUGGAUGAACCUCGGAUGGACUUUUAGCUGCUCACCUUUUCCCCGGAUCUUUUCCCCCUGACUCAUCUCCCGGUAGCAUGCUAAGAUAUUGAAGUUAGCUUAGCAUGCUAGCUCGAAGUUAGCAACAUGGCGCUAGUCCGAGUUUAACGGAAAAUAAAGGGUGUUUUGACGGAGUUUAUCUGGAGGAAACGUGCCUGGUUCAGUGAAGAUGUCUAAGGUCCAAAUGCUGAGACGUUUACUGAAGCAGCGACACGCGGAGGACGCUGAAGAGACAUUUGGGCUGUUUGAAAGAACAAUGGCAGAAUACGAGGAGGAAGCUUCUAGAAUAAAAGCAGACAACGAACGACUAAAGAAACGUCUGCACGCUGUUUUCAAACCGGAAGUCCGCAUACAAAGAGCAGACCUCCAGCAGCUGUUUGUGCUUCAAAAUGAGCAGCAGGAAGACCCAGAGCCCCCCCACAUUAAAGAGGAACAGGAGGACCCAGAGCCCCCCCACAUUAAAGAGGAACAGGAGGACCCAGAGCCCCCCCACAUCAAAGAGGAACAGGAGGACCCAGAGCCCCCCCACAUUAAAGAGGAACAGGAGGACUCAGAGCCCCCCCACAUUAAAGAGGAACAUAAGUACCCAGAGCCCCCCCACAUCAGAGAGGAACAGGAGUACCCAGAGCCCCCCCACAUCAAAGAGGAGCAGCUUCAAGGGCUGGAGGAGGCUCUUGUGAAGAAUGAAGAUAAUGAAAACGAAGAUCAGUCCUUAGAGCUUGAUCACAGACAAACUGAACACAUGGAGACAGAAGGUGGUGGAGAGGACUGUGCAGGACCAGAACCUGACAGGAACUCGGGUCCAGAUUGGCCUACAGAACCAGAUACUGGUGAGGAGACUGGAGACUCAUCUGAACCUGAGACUGAUGAUAGGAAUGAGACCAGAGCACCUCAGUCAGGUUUAAACUCUCAUACGAAUGAUAAAGGUCCCAUCAGUGUUUCAAGAGGUAGAACAGGUGAGAAACCUUUGAGCUGUUCUAAAUGUAAGACAACAUUUGGUUGCAGUAAACAGCUGAAGAUACACAUGAAGACCCACGCAUCAGAGAAACCGUUCAGCUGCUCAGAGUGUGGUAAGUGUUUCACUGUAAGUGGAAGCCUGAACACUCACAUGAGAUGUCACACAGGGGAGAAACCAUACAGCUGCUCAGAGUGUGGUGAGCGCUUCACUCAACGUGGAAGUCUAACUACUCACAUAAGGCGUCACACGGGGGAGAAACCUUUCAGCUGCUUAGAGUGUGGCAAGUGUUUUACUCAAAGUGGAAGUCUAAAGUCUCAUAUGAGAUGUCACACGGGGGAGAAACCUUUCAGCUGCUCAGAGUGUGGUAAAUGUUUCUCUUUAAGAGGAAGUCUGAAGUCUCAUAUGAGAUGUCACACAGGGGAGAAACCGUUCAUCUGCUCAGAGUGUGGUAAAUGUUUCUUUACAAGUAGCAGUCUGAAGAUACACAUGCAAUAUCACAGAGGGGAGAAACCAUUCAGCUGCUUGCAAUGUGGUAAAUGUUUCACUGAAGUUAAAAGUUUAAACAUUCACAUGAGAAGUCACACAGGGGAAAAACCGUACAGCUGCUCAGCGUGUGGUAAAUGUUUCUCUUUAAGUGGAAGUCUGAAGUCUCAUAUGAGAAGUCACACAGGGGAGAAACCUUUCAGCUGCUCAGAGUGUGGCAAGUGUUUUAUUCAUAGAGGAGGUCUAAAGUCUCAUAUGAGAUGUCACACACGGGAGAAACCGUUCAUCUGCUCAGAGUGUGGUAAAUGUUUCUUUACAAGUAGCAGUCUGAAGAUACACAUGCAAUAUCACAGAGGGGAGAAACCAUUCAGCUGCUUGCAAUGUGGUAAAUGUUUCACUGAAGUUAAAAGAUUAAACACUCACAUGAGAUGUCACACCGGGGAAAAACCGUACAGCUGCUCAGAGUGUGGUAAAUGUUUCUCUUUAAGUGGAAGUCUGAAGAAGCACAUGAAAUGUCACAUCGGGGAGAAAGUUUUCAGCUGCUCAGAGUGUGGUACACGUUUUUCUCAAAUUAUCUGUUUGAGGACGCAUUUAUGUCCAAAUCUAAAAGUCCACAUGCAAACUCAAUGAGAAUCCCCUUUAGCCCAUUGUACCAACCCUCCCUUGAUUACAUCACCAUCACGGUUGCCCACUUUAGUUUUAAAUACAUGACAUUUAGCUGACGCUUUUAUUCAAAGCGACUUACAAUAAGUGCAUUUCCACAUAGAGAUACAAACUCAGAAGAACAAGUAACAAGAAAGUACAUGCAGCUCUCAUAGAAAAGGUUUAAAGUCUUAUCAGACCAAAGACCUUUUGUAUUUUGGAUCACCCAGAUUUUGUAGACUGAACAUUUGACUUUUGUGCCGUCUUUUUUCCGACUGUUUCAUUGAAUUGAUUUCUGUAUGAAGAAAAUCAGACCUCCAUAAAUAUGUAAACGGUAAAAUUGAAAACUUUUAUUAGCUGUUUGUGUCGAUUAACGACACUUUUGAGCGUCUUCUUAUUGAGGCUGACAUUAUUAAUGCCCAGAUACUGGAACACCUCACCUCAAAGGUUGAGUCAUCAUUACCUUCUUCAGGGGUAGUAGCAAUGUCUUCAGCUGUUAUGGAAAUGUUCGAUACCUUUUUCACACAUUUCAGUUUCAAAGAUCCUAAAGUGACUUAAACAUCUUAAUCUCGUUUAGAGGAUUCAUUUCUUGUAUAAAACAUACAUAUCUUUGUUUGAAGACACAUUUUUGUUCAUGCAAGUACCCUCACUUACCCAUUUUACAUUAAUUCAUUUUAGUAGUUUUGAAACCAGUCCUUUUACACUUUAAGUUAACUUUUUAUCUUUUUACUCCGAUUUGAAGUUACAGUUGAGACUGCAUUAUUAUUGUUGUUUCCCUUUGUGUUUUGGUGGCACUGUUUAGCGUUUGGGUACCGAGAACCGGAGCCAUAUUGGUACCUGCUGCUUGUGCAGCUACAGCAGCUAGCUAGCCAGCUGCCAGACCUGUGCGUGCACGUGGCCACCAGUGGUCACAGCGUGAAGCCGAGUAGCGUGUUCUGCACGUGACUCCAUUUCCUCACGUGCAAUUUGAAGAAAACUUGUUUUAGCAAUACAUUUUUAAAAAAUCAUUAAGAGGCAACAGUAUCGAGGAAAAAUCCCAAACGAUACUCAUCCUUAUUUACAGUUUUUACGGAUUUUUAUGUUCCAUAUUUGAUGAUAUUGUCAGCAUAUUACUAAGUUUUCAUGUUAGAGACAAAUAUCAGAAGGCUUUUAAUGUGUUCAUGCAUUGACUUUUUCUUUUUUAUAUUUUUCUUUUUUUAUUAUUAUUAUUUUUUUGUUUUGUUGGUGUAACACAUUCUUCUUCACAUUCUUUUUUUUUUUUAGGAAAUAUCAGUAUUUAGGUUUGCCGUUUUCCUGGUUAUUUUAAUUUUCAUUGUUUAUCUGCAUUUUGAGCAAAGUACAUAUUUGUAUAUCAAAGUAAUGUAUCUCUGUAUUAAGAAAUUAAAUAGAAUCAUUUAAUUAGUCAUUUUCCAUUGAUGAAGGAGCAGAGGUAAUUAAUGGCCUUUUUUUUAGUCUUUUAAUGGUGUUAAUAAAUGUUGGAAAACAAUUAGUUGCGAGUUGUCUUUUGUCAUUUCCAAAAAACACAGGUUGCAUAUGGAGAACAAAAAUGGCUAA